AUGCUUCUCUCCUGCCUGGCGCGCUGAGUUUUGCUCGCUUUCCUCGGUCUCCUCACCCCCUUUUCGGACAGGGCAACCCUAAUUCCCUGGAUCUGCCAGGGGCGAGGCGCGGCCGAUUCCGCGAAGGGCCGGUUCUCAAGAACUUCCCACCUUCCCUCCGGCUCACUUUCCUCCCAGACAGCCGCCCUCCCGGGUCACGGCGGGCUCCGGAGAGCCAGACUCCUCCACCUGGCCGAGCAGACCUUAGACUUAACACUCCUGCUUAAAUUUAUGAAAGUCAAAAGUGUCUAAAUAAAUGGUUGAAACUUAGCUCCUCUCUGUCAUCUGAAGUUGGUUGAAAGGACAUCCUGUUGUGUUGUUUAUUAAGAGAUGGAGUAUUAUCAGCCCAAGUGAUGCAGCCUUGGCAACUCCAAGCGAGGUUAACUUUUCCAGAUCCUUUAUUUCCCUGGUAGGUACUUUGGGUAGAAAUGCCCUUAUGGAAACUAGCAUAUAUCAUCUGAAGUUGGUUGAAAGGACCUUUCUUUCUUCAACUUCAUACCUUAAGGUUUAUAAUGAAGCUACCAGGUGAGAACAGUCCUGGUAUAACUCUUUCCAUUGAAAUACCUCACAAUAAGUGUAGGUGCAACAUGUACAGAUGCAGCAAUGAAUCAGAAUUUUAGAAAUGGAAGGGAUCCCAUGGUUAUCUAGUCCAACCCCCUGCAAUGCAGGAAUAUACGGCUGUCCCAUAUGAGGAUCAAACCUGCCACAUUGGCGUUAUCAGCACUGUGCUCUAACCAACUGAGCUAAGCUGUUGAACAACUUCUUGGAUCAGACCAACGGACCAUGUACUCUAGCAUCCUGUUCUCACAGCGGCCAACCAAAUGACUGUGGGAAAACCACAAGUAGGAUUUGAACGCAGGAGCCCUAAGGCAUUUUUCAGAAGUCUAUAACUGCUAUAACAGACAGAACCACCACAGAAAUGGCAAUAAGCAUCUCUUUUUAUUUACAGCCAUAAGUUUCACACAACUUCUUCUUGAUAGUUACAAGACUUAAAAUGUCCUAUUAAUUUUUUUAAUAAUUUUUUAGGAAUGCAGAUAUAUGGAAGCAUGGAUAGGACAAGUUUACUCUGUAGCAUUUGUAAGUCUUCCUAUAAACAAAGCUGAACCUGUAAAAAUUGAAAAGAAAUUAUUAUUAUUUAUUCAACUUCAUUUUAUAAAUGAUGACACUGAUGUAACUUAAAUAUUAUUAUUUUUAUAGAACAGGGUGGGGAGGCGAUGUGGAGAUGAUUGAUGAAAGUCACAUAUGGAAAGUGGAAAUGGGAAAGAUGUUCAUUAGCAGCCUUCACGGGUAGACAAAAAUUAUAAAACUUUAUAUUUAUAUUCAGGUAGGUAGCCGUUAUAUUUAUAUAACUGGGUUAACAGAAGGAGGAACUGCUAAUCCAGGUACCGCCCUGAGAUCUAAGGAAUCAAGGGUGGUCUAAAAAUUUAAAAGGAAGAAAAUGGUUUUGAAUAGGGCAUUCUCUAGCCUGCUGUAAAAAGGAAAAUACAAUCAAUUUAUUUGUUAAGGGAAAAGGGUAUAUACAUAUAUGCUUUCUUUAUUACAGUCGUACCUUGGUUGUCAAUCCGUUCUGGGAGAUCUCCUGGAACUGUUCAGAAACCAAGGCGCGGCUUCUGAUUGGCUGUAGGAGCUUCCUGCACUCAAGCAGAAGCUGCACUGGACGUUUGGCUUCCAAAAAACGUUCGAAAACUGGAACACUCACUUCCGGAGAGCCAGUGUGGUAUAAGUGGUUAAGAGCGGUAGACUCGUAAUCUGGUAAUCUGGGUUCAAUUCCCCGCUCUUCCACAUGCAGCUGCUGGGUGACCUUGGGCUAGUCACACUUCUCUGAAGUCUCUCAGCCUCACUCACCUCACAGAGUGUUUGUUGUGGGGGAGGAAGGGAAAGGAGACGGUUAGCCGCUUUGAGACUCCUUUGGGUACUGAUAAAGCGGGAUAUCAAAUCCAAACUCUUCGUCUUCCAGGUUUUUGACAUUUGAGAGCCGAAAUGUUUGGCAACUAAGCCAUUCGACAUCCAAAGUAUGACUGUAUAUGUAAGUUUUCAUGUGUUUUUUUUCCUUCUUGUAAGCGGUCCAAGAAUCUGGUUAUAUAAAUAUUUCAAAUAAUAAAAAGGAAAGGUCAGUAGUACAGCAUCUGCUUGCAUACGGAAACUCCCGGGUUCAGCCCCUGACCUGGAAAGAAUCCUGCCUAGAACCAUAGAAAGGUAAUUUAUUGGGGUUAUCAAUCUCUUAGACAAAUUAGCCACACUUUCAUAAAUCAAUGGGACUUAGCUAGCUGUGACUGAUUUCAACAGAACCAACAUGUGGCUAACUUUCAGCGCACACCAAUACAUGGCUCCAUGUGUGUUCACGGAAUCACAGAAUUGUAGAGUUGGAAGGGACCCCAAGGGCCAUCUAGUCCAACCCGCAAGGCACAUUCUUUCCUUAAAGAAUUCUGAGCACUGCAGUUUGUUAAGUGUUGCUGGGAAUGGCAACUCUGAGGAGUAAACUAUAGUGCCCAGAAUUCUUUGGGGGAAAGAAUGUACUUUAAAGGUGUAGAAUGCACAUGUAAAGCCCAUUGAAGAACAUGGAAUGAAAGGGGGUUAACUCACAAGUACGUCCCCUUGUAUGACUUGCGUUUGUUUUUAUAUGUUUUCCCCUCAGGACAGUCCAAUCUGUUAG